AGGUUACAGCUGAGAAUUCAACCCAAUUAUCCCAUCGUCAUCAAGCUUAAGACCUGGGCCUCUGUACCUCCCUCUGCAACUAGAUAUUCAACUUCCUCAUUGGCAGACCUCAGUCGGUGAGGACUGGUAACAACAUCUCCUUCUCGCUGACUGUCAACCUCAAAGAUGACUGCUUCAACGCCACCUUCAGAUUUACCGAUGACACCACUGUUGUUGGAGAGGUGGCAAUGAGCCAGCUCACUGGAGCAAGAAGGUACCUGCAACGUACAACCUCUGGACGUUUCAAUCUUUCGUUCAGGGAAACGAACCUGCAAGAGCAUUGGAGCGCGCGCUCCGGGUUUGCAGCGGAUGAUUGACAGGUUGCCGGGAUGUCGGUCACGUGGGUGUCCGGAAGAGCGCGCUGGACUUUGACAGGCGGAGUAAUGGCGGAGGAGCCGGGCUCUGGCGAAAGGCUGUCUUCAACUAGUUGCGGUCAGCAUUUGAAAAUCCACGAGGAGGUCAAGGAUUACUAUGGAAAGAGGCUGAAGCGAACGGGAGAUCUGGUACUGAAUGCCUGUGUCACUCCUGCUAAAGCAUGUGUUAAACACGUGCAUGAAGCAUUGAAGGAUAUUCACGAGGAAGUGAGCGCCAGGUAUUACGGAUGUGGACUGGUGGUUCCUGAGUCUUUGGAGAAUUGUUGGAUCCUGGAUUUGGGAAGUGGGAGUGGCCGGGACUGCUAUAUGCUCAGCAAACUGGUUGGAGAGAAGGGCCACGUGACUGGGAUAGACAUGACUGAUGGGCAGGAAUUCUGCAGAGGCUGGAAAUUCAAGCAACACACAUCAAAGUUGCUGGUGAACGCAGCAGGCCAGGCAGCAUCUGUAGGAAGAGGUGCAGUCGACGUUUCAGGCCGAGACCCUUCGUCAGGACUAACUGAAGGAAGAGUACAACUGGCAAGGAAGUUUAUUGACUAUCACACGGAGAAGUUUGGCUUCAGUAAACCCAAUGUGGAUUUCCUUCAAGGAUACAUUGAAAACCUUGGUGAUGUUGGAUUGAAAGAUAAUACCUUUGAUAUUAUUAUAUCUAAUUGCGUGAUUAACUUAUCGCCAGAUAAAGCAGCUGUGCUGGAAGAGGCCUAUCGAGUGUUAAAGGAUGGUGGUGAGAUGUACUUCAGUGAUAUCUAUGCUGACUGUGAACUUCCAGAAUCUGUGAGAAAGCACAAGGUUUUGUGGGGUGAGUGUCUAGGUGGAGCUCUCUGGUGGAAAGAGUUUCUCAAAAUUGUGGAGAAGGUGGGGUUCAGUGUCCCACGACUGGUCAGUGCCGCCAAGGUCCCCGUGGUUAAUGAAGAACUCCAGGAGUUAAUUAGUGGCUACAAGUUUGUUUCUGUCACAUGUCGACUGUUCAAGAUCCCAGCCGGCACUGCAAGAGAGAAAAGCUGUGUGAUUUACAAUGGCUCCAUCACAGACUGCAGAGAGAAACUGGAGUUUGACAUCAAUUACACGUUUAAAGAAGGACAAACUGUGAUUGUGGACGAGGAAACCGCAGCGAUUCUCAACAGCUCCCGAUUUGCGAAUGAUUUCACUAUUCAGUCACUUGCCAAAGUGUCUCCCAGCUCUGCAGAAUGCCCACCCACUGAGUCACAGGGUGCUGCUGUCGUUGAUCCUUUCCAGCUGUCCGAGAAACCGGCAGAGGGACAGAAUCCAUCCGGUGCAACAGCGUGUUGCACACCGAGCAAGGGUUGCUGAUUGAUCACCUGCAUCCACCAGAGGAAAGAGAUUUAC